AUGACUCACACUUUUGUAACUGAGUUCAUUAUCCAAGGAUUAUCAUCAUUCUGGGAGAUACAGCUGUUUCUCUGUGCCCUCCUCCUGCUCUUCUAUGUCAUCAUCCUCCCCGGGAACGUUCUGAUCAUCAUGACAAUAUGGAAUGAUCCCCAUCUAGGAGCCCCUAUGUUUUUCUUCUUGGGCAACCUGGCCUUGCUGGACAUCUGCUACAGCUGUGUCACUCCUCCAAAGAUCAUGCUCAAUGCCUUCUCUGGCUGUAGGACCAUCAGCUACAUGAGCUGCAUCACCCAACUUUUUUUUAUCCAUUUCCUGGGUGGUGCAGAGAUGUUCCUUCUCAUUGCCAUGGCUAUUGACCGUUAUGUAGCCAUCUGCCACCCAUUGCAUUAUGCCACGGUAGUGACCAGGGCAGUGUGCUGGGCUAUGGUGAUAGCUUCAUGGACUGGAGGUUUCAUACACUCCAUAAUCCAGGUCAUUCUCAUCAUUGCCCUCCCUUUCUGUGGGCCAAAUGAGCUGGACAAUUUCUUCUGUGAUAUCAAUCAGAUCAUUAGGUUGGCUUGCACCAAUACUGAUGCUCUAGAGUACAUCAUGUUUGUUAGCAGUGGCCUGGUCAGUGCUGCGUGCUUCAUCCUUCUCCUCGUGUCCUAUGGGGCACUGCUGGUGAAGGUGAGGACAUGCUCCAGUCAAAGCAAGAGCAAAGCCUCUUCCACUUGUAUCACUCACAUCAUUAUUACCUUCAUCAUGUUUGGUCCAGCCAUUUACAUCUAUUGCCGUCCAUUCCUGGAUUAUCCUUUUGAUAAGACGGUGGCCUUUUUCCAUACAGUGGUCUUCCCUUUGAUGAACCCCAUGAUCUACACACUGAGGAACAAGGAGAUCAAAGUUGCCAUGUGGAAAAUCCUGAAGAAAUAUGCAAUCUAG